AAAAAAAAAAACUGGCUUCGGGACCAGAAGCUCUGUCACUAAGAGCCAGCCCCUCAAUCCCAAAGCUUUACCCUUAGUUCUCCUAUUUCAAUUCCCCUCACAAACUCAAGUCACUGGCUUAUGUUUCUAGAGUUUAAGUAUAAAUAGCAAAGGUGGAUACUGUUUUACAGAUGUCCAAUGUGAUAAGAAUACCACGUGGUGAGCUUGGCGGGGCCCAGCUCAUGAGGAAAGGAAAGAUGAGUAUGUAAGCAUCUUUAUUUCCAUUAGUCACUCGUUCAUUCAACAAAUUCAUGUUAUGCAAGGCUGCCUCCUGUGUGUGGUGCUAGGACAAAUGGGAGAUGAACCCAAUGUGGUCCUGCCCUUGAGGACUUUCCAGUCUAGUAUGAUGAUAAGCCAUAAGAUACAACUAUAAUACAAGGAAUAAAGUGAUACAUCCAAAGGAGGAUAGAAAAAGAGCCUAGGAGGGGAAACUACAGCGGUACUUGAACCUGAACCUUAAGAGGGUUUUGGGAUUUACCUAACCAUACCUGAAAUACCAGUGUACUUGCCUUAUUAGGAACAAAAGUCCUUUUUCUUGAUCAAAUCCCAUUUAAAGUUUGUGUGACCAGAAUAUUAGGUGCUAGUCUGUUCUAAAUUUGCGAUUCUUAGAAUCUACUGGGGAAGGACAUGUGCUUUUCUGGGCUCUGAAAAACAGCUUGAAGAAUGGAAAAAAUAGAUCCUAGUUGGGGAUGAGUGAUUUUGGGUUCCUGGAACCUUUGCUUUCUUUUAAGACAGCAUACUCAAUGCAAGUCCCCUCUCUAAAAGGCCUUUUGAAUUUGAAUGCUUUUCUGGAAAUAAACGCCUUUUACCUUUAAAUGCCUUUCAUCAAAACCUUAGGAAAGGAAGAUCAGAGUAACAAGUCUUAGAAAAGAGCCUGUAUUUGUCCCUUUUCACGAAAUACCUCCAACCUACCGCAUAACCCCAAGGUCCCUUUGUUUCUGCCAGCGUUCAGCUCGGCUAUUAUUUUGAUAAGGGACAGGAAAAGUACAUCCUUCCCUCACGGUCCUCCUUCCCUCGGUCAUUAAAGUCUUAGCACCUAGGUCAGUUGUGGAAACACUUCUGUGCUACCCCAUGUCCUCUCAACAACAGAGCCCACGCCCUGGCUCCAGGCUGUGUCAGAUUCGUGGAACGUGGCAUCACGUUCUGACAGGGGAGCAAGAGGUCAGGAGCCACAAAACAAGCCGGAUGAAAUCACCAGCCCCGUGAAGGGAGGUGGUGAGAGCAGAGCCCUCCCUGCCGGUCUGGCAACUCCAGCAAAGUCCUCAGAGCUCAUCCCACACACUCUCGGUGCGAGUCACUGCCGUGUGUUUACAUGAGUAAUGGAGCCGUGGGGGGAAGGGAGUUGUAAGCCGCGCGCCGAGCCUCGCAGCUCUCAUUUGGAGGAAAGCUGACAUCCACACCAAGUUCAGACUUCCAGGGAUGUGGCGGGGGAGCAGUCACAUGCUGGAGCGUUCCUGAGCACAGGCAUCAGUCAGGCAGAUGUUUGUCGACUGGAAUGGCGCCAAAUCUUAAAGGCAGACCACGCAAAAAGAAAUCAUGCCCACAGAGAAGAGACUCAUUCAGUGGCGUUAAGGAUUCCAGCAAUAAUUCCGAUGGCAAAGCCGUUGCCAAGGUGAAAUGUGAGGCCAGGUCAGCCUUGACCAAACCGAAGAAUAACCAUAAUAACUGUAAAAAAGUUUCAAAUGAAGAAAAACCAAAGGUUGCCAUUGGUGAAGAGUGCAGGGCAGAUGAGCAGGCCUUCCUCGUGGCACUUUAUAAAUACAUGAAAGAAAGGAAAACGCCAAUAGAACGAAUACCCUAUUUAGGUUUUAAACAGAUUAACCUUUGGACUAUGUUUCAAGCUGCUCAAAAACUGGGAGGAUAUGAAACAAUAACAGCCCGCCGUCAAUGGAAACAUAUUUAUGAUGAAUUAGGCGGUAAUCCUGGGAGCACCAGUGCCGCCACGUGUACUCGCAGACAUUAUGAAAGAUUAAUCCUCCCAUAUGAAAGGUUUAUUAAAGGAGAAGAAGAUAAACCCCUGCCUCCAGUCAAACCUCGGAAACAGGAGAACAGUUCACAGGAGAAUGAAAACAAAACAAAAGUAUCAGGAACCAAGCGCGUCAAACAUGAAAACCCUAAGAGCAAGAAAGAAAAAGAGAAUGCCCCGAAGCCCCAGGAUGCAGCCGAGGUUUCAUCGGAGCAAGAGAAGGAACAAGAGACUUUAAACCAGAAAAGCGUCACUGAGCCUCUCCCAGCAGCAGACAUGAAGAAGAAAAUGGAAGGGUACCAAGAUUUUGCAGCAAGGCCUCCAGCAUCCAGAGCAGACCCAGAAAAGGACAGUGAAACAGACCAAGGUUCCAGCAAUGAGACGGCAGCAGAAGAGGUAGCAAAAAAGGGGCCUGCAUCUCCACUCCAAAGUACACCUCUGGCCCUGGAAAGGGACCCAGCCAUGAUCCCAGGGGCUAGCAAACAGCCACUCACCUCUCCCAGUGCCCUUGUGGACUCAAAACAGGACCCUAAACCCUGCUGUUUUACGGAGAGCCCUGACAUGGAACUCCAAGAAGCAUCCUUCCCCGGUUUCCCCACCACACAGCCACCCCUGGCCAACCCAAAUGAGAUGGAAGAUGACAAACUGCCAGCCACGGCAGAUUACAUCGCCAACUGCACCGUAAAAGUGGACCAGCUAGGCAGCGACGACAUCCACAAUGCACUCAAGCAGACCCCAAAGGUCCUGGUGGUCCAGUCAUUUGACAUGUUCAAGGACAAAGACUUGACCGGACCCGUGAAUGAGAACCAUGGGCUCAAUUACACUCCCCUCCUCUACUCAAGGGGCAACCCAGGCAUCAUGUCCCCACUGGCCAAGAAAAAGCUUUUGUCCCAAGUGAGCGGGGCCAGCCUCUCCAGCAGCUACCCCUAUGGCUCCCCACCCCCUUUGAUCAGCAAAAAGAAGCUGAUCGCCAGGGAUGACUUGUGUUCAGGCUUGUCACAGGCCCACCACAGCCACAGCACUGACCACAUGGCAGUUAACCGGCCGUCCGUCAUCCAGCAUGUCCAGAGUUUCAAAAGCAAACCCUCUGAGGAGAGGAAGACCAUCAAUGACAUUUUUAAGCAUGACAAACUGAGUCGAUCAGACGCCUACCGCUGCAGCUUCUCCAAGCAUCACCUGAGCCCCCUCGCUGACUCCUAUGUCCUCAAGCAAGAGAUCCAGGAGGGCAAGGAUAAACUCUUAGAGAAAAGGGCCCUCCCCCAUUCCCACAUGCCCAGCUUCCUGGCCGAUUUCUACUCAUCUCCUCAUCUCCAUAGCCUCUACAGACACACCGAACACCAUCUUCAUAACGAGCAGACAUCCAAAUAUCCUUCCAGGGACAUGUACAGGGAAUCGGAGAACAGUUCUUUCCCUUCCCACAAACACCAAGAAAAGCUCCAUGUCAACUAUCUCACGUCUCUGCAUCUGCAAGACAAGAAGUCGGCCACAGCAGAAGGCCCCACAGAUGAUCAGCCAACAGAUCUGAGCCUUCCCAAGAACCCACACAAACCAACUGGCAAAGUCCUGGGCCUGGCCCACUCAGCCACGGGGCCCCAGGAGAGCAAAGGCAUCUCCCAGUUCCAGGUCGUAAGCAGCCAGAGUCGAGACUGUCACCCCAAAGCCUGCCGGGUAUCACCCAUGACCAUGUCGGCCCCUAAGAAAUACCCCGAGUCGCUUUCAAGAUCGGGGAAGUCUCACCAUGUGAGACUGGAGAAUUUCAGGAAGAUGGAAGGUAUGGUCCACCCCAUCCUGCACCGGAAAAUGAGCCCUCAGAACAUUGGUUCGGCACGGCCCAUAAAGCGCAGCCUGGAGGAUUUGGACCUGGUCAUUGCCGGGAAAAAGGCCCGGGCAGUGUCUCCCCUGGACACAUCCAAGGAGGCUUCUGGGAAGGAGAAGGCCUCUGACCAGGAGAGCGAAGGUGGCAAGGCGGCGCAUGGUGGGCAUUCUGGGGGCGGGGUGGAAGGCCACAAGCUUCCUCUCUCCUCACCUAUCUUCCCAGGUUUGUAUUCUGGGAGUCUGUGUAACUCGGGCCUCAACUCCAGGCUCCCAGCUGGGUAUUCUCAUUCUCUGCAGUACUUGAAAAACCAGACUGUGCUUUCUCCACUCAUGCAACCCCUGGCUUUCCAUUCGCUUGUGAUGCAAAGAGGAAUCUUCACGUCACCGACAAAUUCCCAGCAGCUGUACAGACACUUGGCCGCGGCCACACCUGUAGGAAGUUCAUACGGUGACCUUUUGCACAACAGCAUUUACCCUUUAGCUGCUAUAAAUCCUCAAGCUGCCUUUCCAUCUUCCCAGCUGUCAUCUGUACACCCCAGUACAAAACUGUAAGCCCAGCUCUGCCCAGCGUCCCCAGACGGCGUGGCUAACAGAGCUUCACUGCUUACCCUGGGAGGAUGUCUUGUAGAAUUAGAAGUCAGUAUUCCUUCUAAUCUGUGGGUGAGAGCAGUCCCAGCCAAAGGGGCCAAGAGGCGAGGUGACCAUGCCCGGUUUUUCCGGGGUAACUCCCGCCUUGGUUGGCCGGUCUUGACCCCCUUCUGACAUGGAUGCCCCUGCACCCCCAGGUCAUUUCAACUUUGGAAGUGGGUUUUGAGAAGGGAUUUAUGGGUAUCCAGGAAGAACUUAGAGGAACCUAUGUUCGGAUGGUCAGGCAACAAUCGGGGGCAAAAAAGGGGCAGGCAUUUCAAAGGAAGGGACAAGGAGGCUGGCAGACAACCGCCAAGGGAUGCCCCUCUUUUCAUCAAACUCUCCAAGGUUCAAUCAAUGCAAUGUAUAGUGAAACUUCAAUAGACCUUUCCUGUUGACACUAUUAAACAAUCCAGAGAAGUAAAACACUGUUAAAUUGACUGUAUAUAUUUGCUUCUUAAAACUACCCGUAUCACUGUUUGCUCACCUAAUUUAUAUACAGGUAGUUUCAUUUCCUCCCAACUCCUUUUUUUUUUUUUUAAUUAAACAGUAUCACUUUUGUUUGCAGGUCUUUUGUUUUUGGUUUUGUUUCAUAGGCUGACUGACUGUCCUCGUUGUUGAUGUGUGUUUGUAAUUUUUCCACAUCUUAUCAUUUCGAGCAGCUUUGGGUAGUAAAGUUAUUGUUUACAAAUUGAAGCAACUGAUUCUAGUGGAACAACUGAAAAAGCCACGGUGGAGCACACCAUAGUGCACAGAGCGCUCCUUUGCAGGUCUGCAACUUUAAGGAUUUUGUUCCUCGUAAAUGGCAGAGUUGAAAGAGCUGAUACACUGCUUACCCAGCCAAAUGCUUUGCUUUGAAGUAUUGGGUUCUGUGAAAAUAUUGAGCAUUGUACUUACCUUAUCUAGGCUGUGAAACUGUCCUACAUACCAGAGGAAUCAUAAAAACAAAAACCUCAUUGGCAGCGAGCUGCUGAAUAACAAGAGUCUAGAGGACAUAUUUGUGGGCUGCGCAGAUAUUUUAGGAAUUUCAGAAAUUAGAACAGGAGCCAAAAUGAUUUACAUUGGCGUUGGCAUGGCUCCCUUUAAGUGGUCUGGGAAAGGGAUUGGGAACAGGAUGGAGCUGAACUAUCCAGAAGAGAACCAGCAACUGGAGGCAUAAACACCAGAUACUUUUUCCCUAGACUGGAGUCUUUUGAGGAAUAGGUAGCAACAUGGCCUUCAUCAAGUCGACUUCAUUCCUAAGAAGAACCUCCCAGGUCUCAUCUUUGGGGAUUAAUUGGCAUUCUGGAUUAUCCACUUCAAAAGCAAGUCAUCAUCUUUGGGUUUAUGGGGCAUGAGUUUUGUGUGCGUGCCCGCACAUAAGGUGGCCCGUUCCCUUUUUUUUCAACCACCUGGCAAUACAGUCCACUUUAUGAUUUCUUUUACUGUUUGGAAAUAAAUGGUCAAGCUGUUCAAGCGGUCAAAAGAUGUGGAGAAUGUGUAUUGUCAUUCUUGCCACUUUAUCCCAUUUGCUACCGAGUUGUAACAUCCAGGCGGACACAUUUUCUAAGUGUAUUAAAGUCGAUCGAUACAGAGAGUGGAUUUCCUUUCCAAGUUCCAUCCCUGCUGAAGACUGCUGUGAUGAACUCCCCAGCCCACCCUCCCUUCCCCCAACACUACCGGUAGACAUUAGGACAUAGUUAACCAAGUCCUUUACCUCCGAGAUAUUUAAUUCUCUGAAAAUUGAUGACAAUUUUCAACUUGGAAAUAGGUAACUCGACUGCAAAAUUAGCAAAACUGAUAACAGUGACACUGCGGCUCUUAAACAAAGCCAUGCAUGGCAUCCAUUUGUAUUGAAAUGUCUCCAUGAUAUGAAGCCAAAUAUACAGUGUAACAUAUUUAAUAUCCAAAGGUGGAAACAAAAGAAUGUAGAGAUCCAGUGUUAAGAGUUCCAUUUGCUUCAAUUAAUUAUUUACCUUCCUGUGGAAUAAUAUAUAUACAUAUUUAAUAGAACAAUAGAUAGACUAGUAGAUUUAGAUGAUAAAUGUGUGAAUGCAGAUUACCCUGCUAUUGCACAAGUAGAGGGAAAAAAUAAUCGCAAUUCCAGCUAGCCAAGCGCUAGCCAGGACACAUGUAAGAAAGUUGCACUAGAUCGAAUGGUCACAGAAUCGGAGGACAUGGAAGAAAAAGGAAACUCCGGUGGUUCUACAGCAGACAUGGGCUAGAUUGUACCUGGUGUGUAGGGAUUCGUUUCUCAAAGACAUUGGAGGCUGGCCCUGUUGGAGCUCACCUGUUCAUUUGGGAGAGGGGGCUUAUGUUUUCCCCACUGUCAUGAUUUCAGUCUGGUUUCAUCCCGUUGGAAUUCGAUCACACCAUUUUCAAACAAUGUUAACAUAGGCCAACUUCUGUUUUUCUCGUUUCUUCCGAGAGGAGGCUCACCGUUUCCGUCUGAGGAAGCUUAGACCCUCGGCAAAACAUCAGGGCAAAUAAAGAGAAAUGGGGGUAUACGGUCCUAACAGCAGCAGUGUGUUAUGUUUUAAAAACUCUGAACAGAAAUCUGGGAAAUCUUUCAGAAAGACCAUUGAAUUCUUCAUUGGCUGAGAACUACUUAUUUUUAAAAAAGUCUUAAAUAGGGCUUUGUUUGCAUUGUUUGAGUUCAAGGGGCCUUAUUAUUGAAUGGGGUUGCACAAGCCUUUCUUUGUGCAAUCAAACCAUUGUUAUUGGUAGUUUUGUAAAGGAAACUGUGGAAUCGAAUUGGCAAUGGAAUCAUAAAUCUAUUUACUGAGUGUGGCAUCCAAGAAAUGUUGCAAUUCAAAAUGUACUAAGUACGUGAUUUAUUGGCGAUUUGGAGAUUUAAAAUAAUAUUUUCUAAAAGCUUUCCAGGCAACUUCUGGUUUAACUUUUGGCAACAUAAUGUAAAAACUGAGCCCAACCGAGUUUCAGAAUUAAGUAUUCUAGUAAGUGAUUCGAACUUGUAAUAUUUGCCACAGGACUGACUUAUUUAUUUUCUAGCUAGAAGCUCUUAAGUUCACUUGUUUAUCAGGGCAUAUACAGAAGGGUUUGUUAAAACUCAAUGUUGACUUUACAACUUUUUGACCUGGUGCAUGAAUUCUCAAGUACUGUAUUUCACUGUGUUGGUGUGUCUGAUGGAAAUUUCGAGGUGUUCCCACAAAAAAAUAUUUUAUGUAGUGUGCCUUCAAAGAGAACCAUUUAUUUCUCUUCACUUGUUGUUCCACAAAGUCACAUUUGGUGGUGGUCAGCCAAGUCCCAUCUGGUCCAAUUUUACUCUUGUCCCAAUUUUAAAGAGAAAUGGGAAAGAUUCACCCUGGUGAGACCCACACCACUGCAAUGAUUAUCUUAAGCACUUAAACUCCAGUGUUGGCAGUUGAUGUAUUUGAUAUUCUGCUUGUCUCCCCAUGGUUGAAAUAUGUCUGAAGAAUAGCAGCAUAAUCUCUUGGCUGUUUAUACUUUUUUAAACUUUCCUGUGUUGUAAAUAUUGUAUACUUUUGGUGAUUCCAGCUAUGUAACCUCUAUGCUCUGUAAGGUGAUUAUUUGUAUAUAGCAACAUGGCCCAGUGAUAUUAUAUAAUUUCCCAGUGGAGAGGUUAUUGAGUAACCUCUGCAUUAGCUUAAACACUACCAGAAGAACGCUGAGCCAACUAUAAACACUCAAUUUUGUAUGUUUUCCAAAUUGUACUUAUUACUGCUUUUGAUACUGUAUUACGUGCCAAUAGUUUCCCAAUCACAUAGCAGGCAAGAGAUAUUUUGUAUUUUUGAUCCACUGUAAUAUUUAAUAAAAAAUGUUACUGUUUCCUUU